AUGCGUAUGGAGUCCCACACGGCGGUGACGCCGCCGUCAACACCCUCACCACCUGCUGCUGAUGCUGCGACGUUGAACAGGGAUGUCAGGGCAACGGCCACCCGACACCUCAACGUGCAACGCAGCAACGGUGGCGUCAGUGCCCUGGACCACGACAGCACUAGCAGCGAGCGGAUCGCUACGCCUGGGGGCGAGUUGGAGCCCACAGCCACGGCGGCGAGCCCAGUGAACGCGGCGGCACCCCACGGUGCCACCCACCCCACCGCGCGUCCUGCAAUGGAUGCAGAAGGACACUACCAAAACUUGUCUUCUCAAGCCGGCGAGGAGCCGCCGAGGACGGACGUUGCGACCGCCGCGGUGGGCCGCAAUGGCGGCCUGCGUCGCGGCAGCACACAGCAGCAGUACCGCUCUGUCGCCCAUCUGCAUGCAGACACCGUCGCAGCUGAGGGCAGUGCGCCCUAUCCGCACGGGGCGCGCCACCACCAUAACCAUCACCACUGCCACCGCACUCAUCGCCAUACCCACCCAGCAAGAGCGAGGAAAGCGGUGGCAGCCACAGCCGUCACCACCACUGCUGCUGCGCCUGGUGCUGACACACGCCCGCGUACCCUCUCCCAAGACCUGCUCUUGGUCCAGGACUCCGGCACGAGCGACAGGAGCGGCAGCCGUGGCUCUAGCUGUCCUUCUAGCAGCAACAGCGGCAGUCACAGCACUCGCAGCUACGACACCUUCACAGCAAACUGCAGCUCAGCCGCGAGCUUUAUACCCGUUCAGACACCGGCUAACUUGACCGGCACGGCAUACCACGCGUUGUUUUCUCCGGAGCUGUCGUGCCUAGAUCGCGAGGCCAUCGUAGAGCGCAUCGUCGGCCAUCGCCCACGUGCGUACCACACGUGGGGGUGGCGCAAAGCAAAAGACUACCAGGAGCUGCACGCGCUCAAUGUUCACAAGAACACCGUGUAUCAGCAGCCGACCACGGCUGCUGGUCGCCACGGAGUGAUGCAACCCAGGACCGGAGGUGUGACCGCGGCGCACCUGCACGCCUUCAAGGUGUCGCCGACCGCCUCCUUGACGCCGCCUCCGGGUGACGCAGCCGGUGGUGUUUCCCCAGGCAGUGGGGAGGCGUCGUUGGAGAUACCGCUGUCGACCGCGGCGUCGGACCCGUCCUCGAGCCCAGUCGCCCGCGUCGUCGGGCUUACGGGUGCCGGGGAAGGCGUGAGCGACGCUGGAAGAGGCGCCACGGCAGAGAGUUUGGCCCCCACAUUGGCCACAGCAGCACCGCCACCGCCGGAGUCCCCUCUGGGCUUACAUGAGUUGCCGUCGACCGGCAGCUCCGGCAAGGUGGCCGGCGACUCGGGGCGACCACACCUCGCUUCCCCCGCUUCGACCGAUGUGCUGCUUGAGCUGAGGAGCCAGCUCCCCAUGUACACGAUACCAACGUCGCAGCAGGGGCCUGAGUACUUCAAGACGGCCGCCCAGGGCCGCACCAACACGCUGAUCAUCGUCAUGAUGGGCCUGCCCGCCCGUGGCAAGACGUUCUUGGCGCAGAAGAUUUGCCGGCUGCUGGGGUGGCACGGGAGCCGCGCGAAGAUGCAGAGCAUUCAGGUAGCGUGGCGCCGCCUGCUGCUAGACUGGGAGGCGGCGCACCCGGAGAUGGCGGCGUGCGGCGCACACGCAGAAGCAGCAGCAGGGCAGGAGCAGGAGGCAAGUGCGCCGGCUGGUGAAGGGAGCGUCGCCGACGAGGUGCAGUCUGGCGAGCGAGGCGCCUCCCACGCGAUUCCGCGACCUGCAGGCGUGCCAGCUGACGAGGGCACCACCGCAGCCUCUUCGCUGGCGCCGCUCCCCUUUACGCGGCCAAACAGUCUUGCGGACACCCACUUGACGUCGGCCGUGUGCAACUUGGCGACGGGGCCCCUGAACGCAUCCGCGUGGUGCGCGAUGACGGCAAGCCUGAGCAGCGGGCCCGCGUUGACUUCAUCUAUGCCCUCUGCUACGAAGACCACCGCGGCGGCAGCCACCACCGCCAACACUACUGGCACAGCAGGGUACGGCUGCAGCGGCACUCUCUCUGACACUGGCGCCACUGCGGGGCCGCUGUCGUCCGCGAACACCUCCAUUGUCUGCCUCGACUGCAACGCAUCAUCCGUGUGCCCGUCCAUGCAGGCGCACACGGCCUCCUCGCUCGAGGACAGCACCGCGAUACCCGCAUCAGACGUUGCCUCUGCCUCUUUAUUAUUAGGGACGCGCUUCGCCGCUAACGCGGCGUCCGACGUCACCGCGAAUGGCCCGCGCGAUGUGGUGGCGCGGCACUCGCUGACGGCCGCCGUGUCAGCGGAGACGACGAGCGACGGCGGCGGGCCGAGCCUCGAGGGUUCUGCAGGGUCGUCGCCGCGCACGACCGCCGGCGUCGGCGGCAUCCCGCCUCCGACGAAGGUGCUGCGCACUCGGCACUUCAGAGAGCUCAUCGAGCAGCCCGCGAGCGUCGCUCGGCGCCUGUACCGCUACGUGCUGCAGAGCUUUGCAGAGGACUGCCGCCUCUUCUUCCAGCACGGCGGCGAAGUGGUUGUGUUGAACGACGACUUUGUUACAGAGGAGCUGCGGCAGGAGGCGGAGGCGCUGUUCCGCCCACUGGCGACGCAGUUCUUCUACAUAGAGGUGAUCCGAGACGCUGAGGAGGACCCGCUCGACUUCGUGCGGUGCAAGAUUCGCGACCCGGCAGAGUAUCCGCUCAGCGUCAUCGACCCCGCGUCGGCGUCGGACGACUUCCACGAGCGGCUGGCAUUUUUGGAGCGGGUGUACGAGACGCUGACGGAGGCUCCCAACACGAGGAAGAACGCGCGCCAGACGCCAACCGCGUGUGGGGCUGGGGCUGCAGCGACCGCGACGGAGGCGGCGGCAGAGGCAAGCGCCGACAUCGCGCAUGGCCUCGAUGCCAAGGCGUCGGUCGAGCGUGACACGGGACUUGGCUGCCCGCCCACAACGUUGCUGGAGUCAACGCACUACCAGGAGCAGUCGCCGCGGACGCGCGGCUACGUGAAGAUUAUGAACUCGAACACGAUCGAGGCCCACGGCAUCGCGGGUUACCUCGCCAGCCGCAUAAUUUCGUAUGUCAUGAACCUGUCACAGGUGAAGAUUCAGCACCCCAUAUACUUUGUACUUCACGGCGAGAGCUGCUACAGCGUGGAGGGCCGCAUCGGUGGCAACCCGCCGCUCACGGAGCAGGGCACGCGGGACGCCGUGGCGCUGCUCGAGUUCCUUGGCUCGUUGAAGCGCCACCUCGAACACGUCGACCGUGUGCAGCGCGCACAUCACCACAACCCGCAGCGCUUGCACUCGAGAGCGGCCGACAACGACGAGGGCAGCAGCAGCACGGCAACUGAAGCUUCUGCAAACACGGCGAGUACGCUGGAGGUGUGGACAAGUCAGCUUCGGCGCGCCAUUCAGACCACGGAACUGAGCGAACGUCUGCUGAACAUCCGCACACUGCGCUGGAGCAGCCUCAACGAGAUCCACGCCGGGGUUUGCGAGGACAUGACGUACGCCGAGGUGAAGGAGCGCUAUCCGCUCAUCGACUACUUUAGCAAGCUCAACAAGUACAGCUUCCGGUACCCCGAGGGCGAGAGCUACCAGGACCUCGUCAUUCGACUGGAGCCCGUCAUCAUGGAACUCGAGAACGCCGACAAGGUCGUCGUCGUCGUGGCGCACCAGGCAGUGCUGCGCUGCCUGCUUGCCUACUUCGGCAGCACCUCGGCGGAGAGCAGUAUCGGCGUCGAGGUGCCGCAUCGCACGGUUUGGCGCUGCACGUAUGAUUCGAAGGGGAUCGCCAUCCUGGACGAGUUGAAGCUGGACAGCAACGAGGCGGACUUCCAACUUCCAGGAAACGAGGGCUCGCCGACGGCGUCGACAGCGAACACGUCGAGUGCCUGA